AUGAAAGGGCAACCAAAGAAAGAAGAGCGCCCACGAAACUUUCAAAUGACAAUUUGGAUCAAGCUCAUGUUUUAUAUCGGCUAUUUAUUUUUUGGUUCCUUUAUUUUUAUGGAAAUCGAGCAGCCAGCAAAAGAACAGAGAUGCCAAGAAAUCGAAAACGAGCUUUUUGUGAAUAUGAGAAAUGACCUCUUCUCUGGUAACUUUUACCGAUUUGGAUACAAUGCUGAAGUGUGCGAGAAAGGUCCUUCCCCAAAACUGAUGAAUAUAUGGACGCAAAUGCUCGAAAAUAAGUGCUCACAACAAAUCGUCGAUAGUUUGACAGCGACUCUUCAAGGACAAGAGCGUGGAGAAUACCUUACUGGCUGGAAAAAGCUUCUUGAAAACCUCCACAAGCCCGUGAACCGCACGUUGAGCAUCAAAGGUUCGAACAUCAUCGAACUAUCUUUCGAAACGAUCAACUACGCGAUUCAUUUUCACGACUGGUCAAAUAUCUGUCAUAUCGGAAAUUGGACUUACGGAAAUGCUUUUGUUUUCAUGGGCUCAUUGGCAUCUACUAUCGGCUACGGCCAAAUUGUACCACAUACUAGACUUGGAAAAACUAUGUGCAUCGUUAGCAGCGCCUUCGCGAUACCCUUAUUUGCAUCGCUCAUUUGA